CUGUUCAACAGCUGUUAGUGGUCAAAGACCCCCAAAGAAAUUAAAUACAAAAGAAAUUAAGUCUGCUGUAUUUGUGCAAGUUAACGAAAAGCGUGCUUGGAACAAAGGAUAUAAACCGAGAAAUCCCCGGGAAAAUGGAAUCGGAUACGCUGGAUAAGGAAAGUGCUGCGGCGGCCCUAAAAAAGUUAUCGCAAAGUGAAAGUCCCGAAAGUGCGAAGAAAUGGGUGCCAAGUGUGGGUGAAGGCGAGGGGCCUGAGGGGGAGGAGGCGCCGCCAACAAAGAGACAAAAGACUGCAGACGAAAAAGAUGAGAGUCGGGAGGAAGACGAGGACAGCGAAGAAUUCGACGAUGACGAGGAGAUUCCCCUGCUGAUUCCCGCAGAGCGAACUUCCCAAAACUGCACCCAAGCUAGUCCGAGGAACUUCCACCGCAUUCCCGUCUUCAUCGUGGAUUAUCACAACGAUGUUUUAGAGUUCAUCUACCGCUGUUUGGCCACCCGUCACCUUCCAUUGGAGAACAACACCCUCGUGCACUUCGACUCUCAUCCCGAUCUGGUAAUACCGCGACAUAUUGCCGCCAGUUCGGCGUACGAAAAGGACACCAUGCUCAACGAACUGAGCAUCGAAAACUGGAUUAUGCCCACUUUAUAUGCAGGACAUUUCAACCGAGUGGUGUGGCUGAAGAACUCGUGGUGCCAGCAGCUGCCCACCGGCAGGCACGACUUCAAAGUCGGCCAAAAGGACGACCGAAUUGGCGUCGACUGUCCGCUGGACUACUUUAUAGCCGAUGGCAACUACUGCACCACCGAGGAUCUCCAGGAUGCUAAGAGCGUGGAGCUGCAGGUUCACGACGCAGACAACGAAAACCUUAAUCCCAACGAAUUCUUGACGGAUAAGGAUGCCAAGGGAUUAAUAUUGGACAUAGAUCUGGACUUUUUUAGCACCUCCAAUCCCUUUUUAGAGAUCUACAAGGAUGCUGAUUGCUACAAUCAGCUAAAGGAGAUCUUCCACUUCGAAAGCGUGGAGAAGGUGAAAAAGUCUGGCACUGCUUCAAUCGCCGAUUACUUGGCCACGGCAGACAGGCGGCAGACUCAGUUGGACGCACUGAAGACGAUUUUCUGGCACUUGGAGGAGGAGCGCAACUUCGAGGGACUGGAGAAGCCAGAUGAGACUGUGGUCACUCCUGAAGUGUAUGCUAAGAUCGUAAAACUGGCUGAGCAGCUGCAAGAAAAGUAUCCAGAUGAUGAAAUCGACUGGCAUUUAAUUUUCGAUUCGGGCAGCACCACCGACAAUAAUGGCUUGCCCCAUCACAUCAGCACCGCCGAAGAGUUGGAAACGUACUUUGCGAACUUCAAGAGAUUCAUAGAACGACUUCCAGUUCCACCGGUGGCCAUUACGAUGGCCCAUUCUGCUCAAGACGAUUACUGCCCUCAGGAUCAGGUGGCAUUUAUUGAGGAACGUGUUCUGCGGUUGCUUCGGGAAGUUUUUGGAGAUAGACUGCACGAGAAAGCCAUCCUGCACUAUAUGGACGAUCCCUGGGAUGUGAUGAAGCUCUAAGCUAACUAAUAUCAAAGGGGUUUUUGCACCCGCCAUCUCGAAUUGGUUUAUGAUUUUGCAAAACUGAAAAACCCCGCGAUUCAAACUAGAACCCGUAGUGAUUUCAAACUAGAACUCAAAGAUCCAAAACCCAAUAAGAAAUAUAAUAUUUUUUACUUUUAAAUAUACGCAACGUAUUUAUUACAAACA